GACUAGACUGAUCACUGAAGUUCGAUUUUCCUGGAAUUUUCAGAUGAAAUGGCGAACUGGUGAGAAUCGGCACUUGAUUCUAAAUUGCUUACUUUAUGAGGCAAUGAGAUUUAGAGGGAUCUGUUGAAUCAUGGGUAAGCCAGGAAAGCAGUGCCCUCAUUCUACUACCGUAGAGAGAUUCUUGCAAGAGCAUCUUCAGGGCUUUAAACAGGGACGUUGCCGGGACUGCAGCACCAAAGGACCUAACCUGUGGUUGUGUUUAGAGGUUGGAUGUCGCUAUGUCGGGUGUGGAGAAUCAGCCAAAGAUCACAGUUCUGAGCACUCGGAGAGUGCUGAUCACAAACUGACCAUAAAUCUUCAAUCUCAACGCACCUGGUGCUACGACUGCGAUUGCGAGGUCUUUCCCGAUGUGCUCAUCAAGACGAAGGCCAGCAUGGGUGCAGAUCAUCCGAGGAGGAAGCAGGUCGGCGUCCCGGGACCGGAACGCAUCACCCAUCCUCACCAGCAUCACCGUCACCAUGGCAACACUGAGGAGGAGGAGAUGGAGCAUUCAGGAGCAGCCGCAGCACCAGAAUACUACCCUCAAAUCCCUAGUUUCCGUACAGUAAGUACUCCAGUCACCCAGGCCCUGGAUGAAAUAGCACGAGACGAAACCAAACCAAGAGGCUUGACUGGACUGAGAAAUCUUGGAAACACGUGCUACUUGAACGCGGGUAUACAGGCUCUUUCAAAUUGUCCGGCGUUUGCCCACUUCUUCUUGGAGUGUGGUGGCUUUGUGAAGACGGAGAAGAAGCCAUACCUUGCAGCUGCGUACCAGAGGCUCAUGGAAGACAUAUGGGGACGCCGAAGACCUAGUUACCUAACUCCAUCAAGUCUAGUCAACAGCGUGAAGGCAGUCUUCCCUAUGUUCAAGGGAUUUACACAGCAGGAUUCACAAGAGUUCCUUCGAUGCAUCAUGGAUCGUCUCCAUGAGGAGCUGAAGGAGCCGGUGUACCCGGAACCGGAGGAUGACACUGAUGAAGGCGUCAAGGACAGCAUAGAGAAGGAUCAGCAGACGGCGAGACGCCGCAACCGCGCGGGUUCCCCGUCCCUGGACACCCCCUACCACCGCACCCGUUCCAACGACUCCUUGAGCAUCUCGGAGGAGAUGGACUCAGGGAGCUUACCGGAUAAUGACCAGUACAACGCCCAAAUGCAGGAGGAUGCGGAUGAGAGGACAUCGCUCCAUCAUGGUGCUUCGGCAGGAGGCGAGGAACCCAGGAUCCAUGGGGUUGAUAAGAAUCAUCCACAUCGGAAGAGGACAACGGAUUCCUUCUCGGAGACAGAGCCACUUCAUCCUAACCCUGUACCAAGAGUUAAUAGCCGAACACGCACCACGUCAUCAUCUAGCGUCAAGUAUGAUCGGGAGAUGUACGAUAGUGAGAAGGAUAUUGAUGAGAUGGCUUCAGGGGACCAAGGAAUGAACACAAGCAGAGAGCAUGUUAAGAAGAAGAAACAGUCCCCAAAAUAUCGUAGCAUCAUAUCUGAUGUGUUUGAUGGCAAGAUCCUAAGCUCAGUGCAAUGUCUCACUUGUGAAAAUGUGUCUUGUCAAAAGGAGACGUUCCAGGACCUGUCCCUGCCCAUCCCAGGGAAGGAGGACCUGGCCCGGAUCCAGGGGAUGCCUAACAAGUCCACGGUCUCGUGUGCAGACACUCAUCGGAAUGCAGGAUGGAUGGCAUGGUUUUAUAGCUUCUUACCAGUGAGCUGGUUAUGGGGUCCUAAUAUCACCCUUGAUAAUUGCUUGGCUGCAUUCUUCUCUGCAGAUGAACUCAAAGGUGACAACAUGUACAGCUGUGAAAAAUGUAAAAAAUUAAGAAAUGGGGUAAAGUACGUGCAAGUCCUGGAACUCCCAGAAGUCCUCUGCGUCCAUCUGAAGCGGUUCCGUCACGAAUCCUUUACCUCCUACUCCUCCAAGAUAAACAGCUAUGUCUCCUUCCCGCUGGACAGCCUGGACAUGACUCCAUACCUUGCAAAAGAUUGCAAGAAUAAGUGUGCUACCUAUGAUCUGAGCGCUGUUAUAUGCCAUCAUGGUACAGCAGGAGGCGGUCACUAUACAAGCUAUGCUGUCAAUUGGCUAAAUGGUCAGUGGUACGAGUAUGAUGAUAUUUACGUCACCGAGGUCAGCCCGCUCCAGGUCGCCAACUGUGAAGCCUAUGUACUUUUCUACAAAAAGACAUCUGAAGAAGCCAUAAGAGAGAGACAGAAAGUAAUUGACUUAUUCGAACAAGAAGAGCCAAGCUUUCUUCACUUCUAUGUAUCUCUCCAAUGGCUGAACAAACUGAACAAUUUUGCCGAACCUGGGCCGAUCACCAAUCACGACUUCCUAUGUAAACAUGGAGGAGUGCAACCCAGCAAGGCAAGCUACGUGGACAAAUUAGUUCUAAAGAUACCGCAGCCAGUGUGGGAUCAUCUCUACCGAACGUUUGGUGGAGGGCCGGCUGUCAAUCGUUUGUCCCCAUGCUCUGUCUGCCAAGCUGAGAUGGAGUUAUUAGAGAGAAGGAGGAAGGAAGAAAUGGAUACAUUCAUCACAAUGAAUGAAGAGUUUCAACAGGACGAGUCCACCAACACCUCCGUCUACUGCAUCAGCCUGGCGUGGUUCAAGCAAUGGGAAGCAUUUGUCAAAGCCAAGCAAGCCGAACCUCCCGGCCCGAUCGACAAUAAACUUAUCGCAGUGACAAAGAGUGGCUACACAACUUUAAAACAAGGAGCUGAUUCAGGUCAGAUCUCAGAGGCCAUGUGGGAAUAUCUUCAUGGAAUCUAUGAUGGUGGCCCUGAAGUGGUCCUAAGACCCAACCCUCCUGCCAUCGCAGAACACCCCUCUACAGGAGUCGGGGGUAGGGGUGAGGAAGGGGCACCUACAGGUAGCAGCGGCCCCAGAGAAGAAAUGUCCUGAAAGCACCGUGCUUGACUGUCUGACUUUUGAUUUUGUGAGCUACAUUUUGUUUUAAUCUUCACUCAAUGAGAUCAUUCUGAAUUGAAGGUGUUGAUAGUUGUUCCUGGAUCAACACUUAUGGGAAUGGGCAAUGGAAUAUCUACUGGUAGCAGUGACCCCUGAGAAGGACCACCCAGUAUUGGCUGACAGUGUCGAGAGAAACAUUCAUCUCAAGUCUUCUUUAGUGGAAACUGGCAAUCAUUCCUGGAUAUCCCUAUUCUUUGGAAGAGAGGUUGCUUACUGGUAACAGUGGCCAUUAAGAAGUGUCCUAAAUCAUAAUAAUGAUAAUAAUAGCUGGUUCUUAUAGAGUGCUUUUUGCCUGAGGAUACAAAGCGCUGCUAUUAUUACCCGGCUUUAGUUUGAGCUACUAUCACCGGUGCUCAGUGCAUGAAAAGAAGUAAUCUGGCCGGGUACCCAUUCACCGUACCUGGGUCGAGUGCAGCACAGCGAGAAUAAAUUUCUUGCUGAAGGAAAACCUGCCAUGGCUAGGAUUUUUAUUCGAGCCCACGACCCUCUGUUUGAAAGGUGCGAGACAGAACCACUAGACCUUGACGUGAUAAAUAUAGAGAACAGCAUGUUUCUAAACCAGUUGAAUUCUUCACGAGUUGAAAAAAGGUUGUUCGUAAUAUGAUUCCUGUGAACGACGUGUAUGCUUUCAUUUGAGCAGUGCCAAUAGUGGUCGUCAAGCUACAGAGAUUGCUAAAGGAUAAUAGAUGUGUUUUUGCCGGAAUGUAGAUACCUGAACGUCGCGCUAUUCUAGUGGGGGAAUGGCACGGAAAAAAAACAAUGGGCUCGAUGAUUGAAUCUGUGCCAGUGAAAUCUGCUUCUUUCAUGCAGUGAUGAAGGUAUAAUAAAAAGAUUCUUGCCUUAUAUUCCCCUUCGGGGCCCUCUAACAUAAAGGUUUGGAAUACUAGUAAAUUGUUAGUUUGGAGAGAAUAAUUCUGAUUGGUUAUUUGUCAGUCGUGGCUAUCAUUGGCCAUUGACGUUUUACAUGGAUUACAGCAAUUGAUUCUAAUGUUGUUGAUGUAUUUUUUUUUUCAUUAGUAUUACUGUUAAAAAUUUCAAAUAGGUACUUGUGAUUAAUGAAACAUGAUGUGCAAAUUGUUUACAUAGACCAACAUGCAGUUCAAAAGUCUGGAGAUUUAAAGGAAAACCCUGUUUGUGAUCGUAUGGCAAUUGGCCUAUUUACUAAGUGAUUCAAAUUUAUGCAAGUUUCUAUCGUCUUAAGCUAGUGAUGAGGUAAAAUUCAUUUCUGAUACUUGGGCCCGUAUUCUUAAGCUGGGUUUAACUUAAACUCAGGUUUAAAGUUGUGGUUUAAGUAUGGAUAGCCAAUUGUUUCAUAAAUCACUAACAGUAGAGAUGUAAUAUUUCAUGUCAUUUCGGCUCUCAAAUCGUUCAUGAUUGUGUGGUAUAAAUAGAUGAUUGUCUUCACCAUCGAUGAAUCAGGAAAGAGUACAGUAAACAUAAAAAACAUACAACUUAAUAAAAAUUUUGGCACUUUUGGCUUCCCAUAAUUUUAGCACAGAGUUAGACCAUGGUCUAAGUUAUACCUGACUUCAGAGAAUAUGGGCCAUGGAGUCCAGUGUGCAUCCAUAAGUUACUGCUAUGUCAGACAGGCCUCUGGCAGGCUAAUUAAAGUAUGCAUGAAAUGUUUGCAAUAUGUUAGUAAACAGUUCUAAUAUAAUAUUAUAAUUAUUAACGAUAAUAAUAAAGAUAACUACUUUUUUUCAAUAAUGACCUUGAUUUCAUCAUUCUGUCAUCAUUUUAGAUGCAAUUUCAAGCAUUUAAUUAUAAGUUUGUAAUGAUACAAGAUUAUAAUACACCCAGAAAUUGUUUUAAACAGCCAUUUAGAAAAGUUAACAAGCUAAGUCUCAUCAGUUUUUAGUAUGAAAUGUUUGGCACUAUUAUAGAAAACAAAAUUCAAGAAGAUUACAACUAUUGAAUCCAUAUUUUUAUUCUUUGUGUGUGUGUGUUUCAAAGACAAAAAGAAGACUUAAACAUUUUAAAUUGUCCGGACACCCCAGCCCCAUCCUACAUGUACUUGAAUAAUUUUUGCGUUAUAUGAAUUUAUACAAGUGAAUUCGGGGGAAAGUUCAUGAAACAAAUGGUCAGUGAUUUUUGCUGGCUAUUGUUUUAAGCUACUGAAAUCCUUGCAUCUGAUUGGUUGUGAGUCAAUGAAAAUCACUGCCAGGUCUGUGCAUGAAACACUCCCCUGAAUAUGAGAAUCCAUAAUCCUGUAUUCAAACACAUGAUAAUAUGCUGAAGAAAUAUAUAUAUAUUCUUUAAGUUAGUCAGGAUUUUAAUAUGUUUUUAUGAAUAAAAACUCAAAGCACCCUACAAAGCUUUGAAAAGAAAGUUUCUUAGUUCAAGUAUGUGAUUUGUUGAUAUACUUGUUUAUCAAACAUUUGUUUUGUAACAAAAUUGUAUACUCAUUGUGACUAUAUCUUGUUAGCUGUAUGUUGACCUAUACACAUUCUCAAAGUUUAUUGGUGUGGGCCAUUCACAUAUGGUCAUUCGACUAUGUUCUGUAAUGUGUACUGUGAGUUAGUAACAUAACGUAAAAAGUCGCUAAAACCUCUUGACAACCAAGUGUAAAAGGGGCUCUGUUUUUUGAUGAAUGUGACAAUGAUCACACAUCGAUGAUUUCUUGGUUUAAGUUGUGAGGCCUCUGUGUGUCUUACCAUUCAAUCAUUGUGCCAUAUUUAAUGUUUUGCAUGAUGUAUAUGUGUCACUCUGCACUCUUUAGGACUGCCGAGAUGUACAGUAUGAACAAAAGUGAUAAAUGUUACGAACUAAUUUAGUUUUUAAUUUCAUGAAGUAUAUAUUUAUGUUUCUCCUCACAAUUAUCAAGCAAUCCAUAUGUAAAAUGUUAUAGAAGGUGGGUCAUUUUUUGAAAUUGAUUUCCGAUUUCCCUGCCCCAACACUCCCUUUCUUCCCCCCCCCCCCUUGUCUCUUUCUCUCUCACAUAUUUUACACUUACCGAUCCAUAAUGAUUUCUUAUAGAUUUAUUGAUUUACACUGCCCAUUGCCACUCAUCAAAUGGUCUGCAGCUGUGUUACUUUGGAAAAGUUUUUCACAUUUAAACUUCACCAAUAUUUUGUUUCCGAUAUGUGAAAAUGUUUUUGUCACUUUCGAAUUUAUUACUAUGUAUGGAUUUCUUUUAAUAGCUUUUUACAUGUUUUUCCUUCUAUUUAUUCCAAUAUAGGCCAAUGUGUUUCACAGUUCAGCAAAUGCUCCAAUCUAUCUAUGAUAACAAAUUUGUUAUUUUAAAAAAAGUAUUUUAAGUCUGUAAUAUCGAAUUGUGAUCCUGAUUUUUGUCAAUGAAAUCUAAACUUUUUAUCCAUUAUUCCAAAUUAUUUGUACAGAUGGAAUUAUUUAUUGAUUUUAUUAAAAGCUACAAAGACAUGUGGUUCUGUGCUAUAA